AUGCAGCGUGACCCUCCGAAAAAGAAGCUGGAGAAGAAGCCGGAAAAGCGGCUGUUUGACCCCAUGUCCUUCGGGAAAGACUUGCUGGCAGGCGGGGCCGCGGCCGCGGUGUCCAAGACGGCGGUGGCGCCCAUCGAGCGGGUGAAGCUGCUGCUGCAGGUGCAGGCCUCGUCCAAACAGAUUAGCCCGGAGGCGCAGUACAAAGGCAUGUUGGACUGCCUGGUGCGGAUUCCCCGCGAGCAGGGUUUCCUCAGUUAUUGGCGUGGCAAUUUGGCAAAUGUUAUUCGGUAUUUUCCAACACAAGCUCUAAAUUUUGCUUUUAAGGACAAAUACAAACAACUUUUUAUGUCCGGAGUUAAUAAAGAAAAACAGUUCUGGAGAUGGUUUUUGGCAAACCUGGCUUCUGGCGGAGCGGCUGGGGCAACAUCCUUAUGUGUUGUAUACCCCCUAGAUUUUGCCCGAACCCGAUUAGGUGUUGAUAUUGGAAAAGGUCCCGAAGAACGACAAUUCAAGGGGUUAGGUGACUGUCUUAUGAAAAUAGCAAAAUCAGAUGGAAUUAUUGGUUUAUACCAAGGGUUUGGUGUUUCAGUACAGGGCAUCAUUGUGUACCGAGCCUCUUAUUUUGGAGCUUAUGACACAGUUAAGGGCUUAUUACCCAAACCAAAGGAAACCCCAUUCCUUGUCUCCUUUUUCAUUGCUCAAGUUGUGACUACAUGCUCUGGGAUACUCUCUUAUCCCUUUGACACAGUUAGAAGACGUAUGAUGAUGCAGAGUGGUGAGGCUGAACGGCAGUAUAAAGGAACUUUAGACUGCUUUUCGAAGAUAUACCAACAAGAGGGAGUCCGUGCAUUCUUUCGUGGUGCCUUCUCCAAUGUCCUUCGUGGUACAGGGGGUGCUUUAGUGUUGGUAUUGUAUGAUAAAAUUAGAGAUUUCCUUUAUAUUGGUAGUGGAAGUAGUUCAUCAGGAGAUUAAAUUGAGAAAUGCAUAUAUUUAGCUCGUUACACAUACAAAUUACAUAGCUGCCGUCUGUAUACAUUUUGAUAGUUUGUUAUUACUGUCAGUAUUUUUAAAGUGGUAAUUCUGCAAUAAAGCAUAAGCUUUUUCAAGCAUUUAAAUACUAAAAGUCAGAUAAACGUGGGUUUCCUUCCCACUUGGACUCAAACUCACUUUAAUGAGACAUUUUACUUAUAAUUAGUAUAUGUUAUUUUGUUAGUUUAAAAUCUCUUACUUUUGUGAUGAAAAAUUAAAAUGUAUAAUGUUAAAAUAUAAGAAAUGAAAGUUCUUUAAAAAUGCUAUUCUUUUCAUGUAAUUGUCUUCCCAUCUUUUAAAAUCAUAUGAUAUGACACAUAUUUCUUAAAAGCUUAUCAGAAGAUGCCAUCAUUAUAUCUCUGGGCAAAGUAAGCUUUCACCAACAGCAUCUCUACUAAGACAUCAUACUAUACUUUACAUCAUACUAUACUCAGUUUAUUACUAAGUAUAGUAUUCAUGGUAUCGUAUAGCUUUUAUUAAACACAGAUCCUAGAUCUCAUAAAAAAACUGAUAAUGACGUUAAUGACACCAUAAACCUGUAGUCGGAAAAUAAAAGAUAUAAAAUGGCAUAUCUGCUAACUUUUAUCUUUAAAAUCUUGCUAAUGUGAAUAUAUCUUGGAAUGAAAAAAGUCCCUCGAAAAUUAGUUUGUGUAUUUUGUAUUGAUA